AUGAACCCAGAAAGCGUUGAUGGAGGCCAGAACAAUGGCUCUUCUCCUUCGCUGAAUGAGAGAAUCAAAUCUUUAACCAUUGGGCCCGGAAGUCCAAGCCCAGUGGGAAGGGCGCACAGUGGUAGUCCUGACACAACCCAAGGAAGCCCAUCAAGCAAUAAGCAGAGUAGAUAUGUCAAUGCCGAGGAUGCUUUCAAAGCGAGGUGCUUACAUGAACUCGGCCCGACGCUGCCAGCCGAGAAGAGGAACGCGGCAGCUUAUGAGAUUUCCAAAAAGAUCAAGCUGUAUUCCGCCGAUGCUCUCUUGGACAUAUGGACCGUCGCAGAAGACUUGACCACGGAGAAAGCUCCUCUGGAAGCCCGCAAAGCUGGGUUUGCCCUUUUGAAAGCUUCCGUAUCUCAUUCAGGGAUUUUGAAGGAGAGGGAGAGAUUCUAUUCUAUGAUAAUUACACCGGUGGAUCCAUCCCAGGCGAGUCUACAGAUAUCAGCCUUGCAACGAUUGACAAAAGACGGUCAAGAGCUCCAUCCUUUUGAAGCUAAGCUUGUUAUUUUUCUCAAUCAGUCGCUAGAAGGGUGGUUUCUGGCUGCGGAACGUGCAAGGGAGUCUCGUGCCGGAAAUGGGCCAAUAAAAGCUGAGCCGAACAGAAAAAUCCCAAGUCUAGCAAGAGGCACGGGUCGGAGUGGUGAUGAUGAUUCUGGCAGAGAGCUUUCCAGCAAAGAUAGCCUGAAGCAGUCAACACGCGGUGAGGAGACAGGUCUAUUACGCGCGUUUUACCUAAUUGCCGACAUCCUUGUACACCACCCAGAAGUCUUCUACGACGAUCAAUUGAAUUUUUUGAUCGAGCGACUUACGUCAAUUGCCCUCGCAGCCAGAUCGCGUAAAGACAUUCGGGGUACUCUCAAGAUAUUCUUAGCCAUCAUAGCAAAUGGGCAGCUUCCAGCAUCAGCGUUAGAGCCCUGUAUCCACGUGCUCUGCAACGUAUAUGGUAUUGAAGAGACCAAAUUUGAGAAAGGAGUGUGGGGCUGUCUCUCCCAUCUUCUAAAUUCGAGUCAUCAAGCCGCUACGAAAAGCAUACUGUUGAAAGUGUUGAUCGAUCCGCCAAAGGAUAGUAGUAUCGAGAGGACGAUCGCAGUUGUUCGUGGAGCAUUGCUUACAAUAAGGCGCGUCGCUGGGGACAGUAGUCUUGGGGGCCUACUCAUCGACGAAAUCCAGUCGCUCGCACAAGGACUCAAGAAUGCACAUACACUGGAUGCACAGCUGGAUAUUGAUGCCCUGAGAACCAUCAACUCACUCAUUUUCAAUGAGCAUGUUGCCGAUGCCCUUGGCGGAGAAGACUGGAGUAUUCUGGGGGAGAAGCUUGAGGAGAGCGUCCGAGUGCCAUCAACGCUUACGACACGUGAGGACGUCGGCUCCUCCUCACCGCUCUUCAAGUUGAUGCUAAGCGAUCAAACAUUGAAACGCGAGAUCACAAGCGAGAUAUCCACAGAGCUACAAGAUAUGGCAAAGCGCAUCAUGUUCCUUCUACAAACAGACUGGGAGUCCUUGGAUCAGCGAAAGCUGGCGGCUGUUACGAAUAUUCUUGUCCUCAUGGCGUUACGUGUGCCCUCCGUCUGGAAGGACGCCAUAAAUGCCAUGCGAAUCCAGGGCCUACUGGAUCUAAGCAACGAAAAUUGGAUGCCCCACUUUCGAAUGGUGUUCAGUAAGGUUUUUAUGGAUGCCUCUCAAUCCGAAGACGCAAGUUGUCUGGUCCUUCGGUUAUUCGAACAACUAUUUCCAACAUUGAAGCUGGACGCUAAGAAAAAAACGAUGUAUGAGCAUUGUCUCCGCAAUGCCUGCCACAUGCUGAGCGGGAACACGAACCUUCCAAUCUCAGUAGUCGCGUGCCUGGCCGAGGUUGCAGCGCAGUGCGGUCCCGACAUCGAGAACGACACCUUCCAACCUUUACUGCAUGUGAUUGAAAAGGCGUUGCAAAGUUCCUUGUCAGACCAUGCGGCGCCUGUUGAAGCGCUUGACCGUACCGUAGACUGCCUCAUUAAGAUGUUUCUCAGAUCUUUACCGCAAUCCUCUCUGAAGACAAAGAGGUUAUACAACCUUGUUCUAUCACUUGCAGCACCUACAAAUUUGACUACCGUGAGGCUGAGUGUCAUCAAAUUACUUACGCGGUUGAGAUGCGAUGCAAAGGAGGCAAUCGAGGUUGUAUCAUUCCCUGAUAGUCUAGGAUUAGCAUCAAUCCUUUGCAGGACAGAGGCCACGGCCAUAUCACAGGACUCCGUGCCCACCCCGUCGAAUCGAACGUCGACAUACGAACAACCUCAUGUGAUGCGCACUGGUCGGUCCAGCGUUGUGGACAGCUUCAAGACUGUACGGUCGAGAUCAACCACAAGGUCUGCCAGCUUUAGGGAGCGUUUCCUGCAGCCCAAUCAGCCUUUGUGGAUGUACGAUGGGCCGUUCAGGGGCCUUCCAGAAGACCCACAACAUGGGCCAAGUCAGGUCGUUUACUCAAAACUUUCAAGUAAAGAAAAUCCCAACGUUUUGGACCUGAGUUCUUGGCUCGACGUCGUGAUUGGCAUCCUAGAAGAGGGUAGCGACUGGGAGGUCUAUAGCUACAUUCUGGUACAUUUGCCUUCUCAAUUGAGUAAUCGCUCGCUGUUUGCACGCCACGUCAAGCAACUUCAGACAAUGCUCAACCUUGUGGUCGCCCAGGUUGAGAGGACAGGUAAUAAGCCUUUCACUACGCCACCACAAGAGACAGGUAUAAAGCCGCGUGACAUUGUUCUUUGCUUGCAUCAUACCCUGACAAUGCUCUUGCCUUUUAACGACCACUUUGGUAGACGCGAAUUGGAGAGCACUGUGCGAGCUUUUGCAAACGGCCUUGACAGGUGGGACGGCGCUGGAAAGUGUUGUAUACAUGCCCUGGCUUUGUGCUGUCACGAGAUCCCCUCUGUCAUUGACAAAUGGAUGUUCAACAUUAUCCAGAAAAUGCAACAGAAGAUCACUCAAUCCGAUUUGGCGAUCGAUAUACUCGAAUUUUUAAGCGGCCUCUCUGGGCUGCCGGAUGCCUGCUCUACCGCUACCGCAAAGGUACCCGACGCCCACUCAGGCGCCGUUGCGGAGGAUGGAGGCUUUUACAUGACGGUUUUCGGGAUCUGUAUACGUUACUUAGACUACGCGAGGGACCAGCGUCAGGGACAGACUGGCAACGCUGGAACACGAUCCAGCCUCCAGACAAGCCGUCAAAGUGGAAGUGCAAGCGAAGUUGCCCAAAGUGCUGAGGCGAGCCAAGCCUCUGAUGCGCAGACGAGUCUCUCGGAAUACGUCUCCGCUUUAGCAUAUCAUGUCAUCACCUCUUGGUUCUUGACGAUUGAAGUAAGUCGGCGAGCGCGGCACGUUGGAUGGAUAACAAAGGGCCUUGCCUGCAAAGACAAUUCAGGAAAUCCAAUGGUGGAAGAGCAAAGCCAAGUAAUACUUGACAUGAUGCAUCGCACUGUAUUCUCAGACCUGGGGGAAACACAGCCAGACGAACGCUUCGUUGACCCAGACGAAACAGCAAUAAGAAAGACCUGGUUGGAUGGCAUGAGUAUCCUCACAUUGGAGAUCUUGCCAAGCAGUAACAGUGGUCAAUUCACGAAGAGGCAAGCAUCGGGCACAACGCACGCGUCUUACUAUCACAAUACCGCCAAGAUGCCUGAGCAUCACGUCAAAGGACACAGGAGCGAUUCAAGUUCCCAUUCCCAAGGGCUUCCCGAUGUCUAUCCAAAUCACAUGUUCCUUCAAAUAUCUUCUACAAUUGCACCGCUACCUAUUCCCUUACAGCCAAUCGUUCUACCGGACAAUGAUGUUAUACAGCGUGCGCUGCGGAACUUUGAUCGGACUGAUACGGUGGAUGGCCAUAAAGCGGGCGUAAUCUACAUUGGCGAAGGUCAAUCUUCCGAAGCAGAAAUCCUGGCAAACUCACGAGGAACGGAUGCUUACGAGGCUUUCCUUUCGGGACUGGGAACGAAAGUCAAGCUUCAGGAUGCCAAAUUCAACACUCAAGGGCUUGACCGUGUAUCUAACAUUGACGGCACAGAUACCUAUGCUUGGCGCGAUAGAGUCACUGAAAUCGUCUUUCAUGUCCCCACGAUGAUGCCGACAGAUCCCGAGAACGACCCUCAAGGUGUGAAGAAGAAGGCGCAUGUUGGAAACGAUCGUGUGAAGAUUGUAUACAACAAUUCGGGUCGAACAUUCAAUUUUAAUACCUUCCCUUCGGAGAUGAACUUUGUGAACAUCGUAGUUACCCCAGAGGCGCAUACCGGUGGUGGACGUUUGAUAACAGCGAGAAAGCUGCGGAGAAGAGCGACGGGAGAAGACGAGCCGGAGUCAUCAGCCACGGAGGUCUAUGGUUACUACAAAGUGCAGACACUAUGCUCCUUGAAAUUUCCACAGCUCUCUCCAGCGGCCAGCCUAAAAGUCGUUUCGGCUGAGGCUCUACCCACUUUUGUCCGCAACUUGGCCUUGAGCGCCUCUCUGUUCUGCCAAAUUUGGUCUGUCGUACUUGGCCAUGGCGAAUACUACUCGAGCUGGCGGGUACGGCUAAAGGAAAUUAUCAGACUCAGGAAGGAGUACGCGAACACUAAUGUAUCUGCCAACGUGGCAUACCCACUGGGUCCAGGUCCGCCUCCUAUAUACGACGGUGACAGCUAUACGGGCGUUGUUUCAGUGGGCGGCAUUGCAGAGCCAAAUUAUUUUCAUAUGAGUCUGGACUUUACGAGGUGGACAUGA